AAGAAUGACAUCCAUGUCAUGGAACAACAUCAUGUUGAAAAUGUUGAGGAACUUCCACCAGAAUUAGAAGAAUUACUUCAUACUGAUCCUAAACAUGGUUUAACCACUGAAGAAGUUGAAAAACGAUUACUUCAAUUUGGUCGUAAUGAACUUGCUGAAGUUAAAACAAAUCCUUUCUUAAAGUUUUUGUCUUAUUUCACCGGUGCUAUCGCUUAUCUAAUUGAAGUAGCUUGUAUAUUUGCUGGUGUUGUACAACAUUGGCUUGACUUUUCGGUUAUUUUGGCCUUACUUUUCGUUAAUGCUUUCAUCGGUUUCAUUGAAGAAGCUCGUGCUGAAAAUGCUUUAGAUGCUUUAAAACAAACUUUAGCUUUAAAAGCUAAAGCUUGGCGUGAUGGUAAAUUUGAAGAAGUUGAUACUGCUGAAUUAGUUCCUGGUGAUGUUAUUGGUCUUCGUCUUGGUGAUAUCGUUCCUGCUGAUGCUCGUUUACUUGGUAUAUCUGUUACUGGUGGUGAAACUGAAGGAACUCUUUCUAUUGAUCAAUCUGCUUUAACUGGUGAAUCUUUACCUGUUGAAAAAGGAAAAGGUGCUACUGUUUAUUCUUCUUCUAUAGUUAAACAAGGUCAAAUGUUAGCUAUAGUAACAAAAACUGGUGGUGAUACUUUUGUCGGUCGUGCUGCAAAUUUAAUUUCUAUCACUGUUGAACAAGGUCAUUUCCAAAAAAUUGUUAAUACAAUUGGAAAUUUUUUAAUUUUAAUUACCGUUGUUUUGGUCGGAAUUAUAUUUAUCUAUCAAAUGGUUGCUUAUCGUGGUACUGAAAAAGGUAAUUUUCUUACCGUCCUUGGUAACGUUUUGGUUCUUACUAUUGCUGCUAUUCCUGUCGGUCUUCCUACUGUAUUAUCUGUUACUAUGGCUGUCGGUGCUAAACAACUUGCCGCUAAAAAAGUUAUUGUUAAACGUCUUACCGCUGUUGAAGAAAUGGCUUCUGUAUCAGUCCUUUGCUCUGAUAAAACUGGUACUUUAACUCUUAAUGAACUUACUUUUGAUGAACCUUAUUUAUCACCUGGUUAUACAAAAGAUGAUAUUUUACUUUACUCUUAUCUUUCCGCUGAACCUGGUGCUAAUGAUCCAAUUGAAAGUGCUGUUCGUACUGCUGCUGAGAAUGAUCUUGAAAUUCUUAAAGAUCGUCAAAAUAAACAUGAAAUUCCUGGAUAUAAAGUUACUGCUUUUGUUCCUUUUAAUCCUACAACAAAAAUGACUUGUGCUACUGUUGCUCCACUUAAUGGUGAAAAAGUAUUUAAAGUAGCUAAAGGUGCUCCUCAAGUUAUAAUUAAAUUAGUUGGUGGUGAUGAUGAUGCUAUUCGUGCUGUAAAUGCUUUAGCUAUUCGUGGUCUUCGUGCUCUUGGUGUAGCUCGUACUACUGGUGAUGAUCUUGAUCAUUUUGAAUUAAUUGGUAUGAUUUCUCUUCUCGAUCCUCCUCGUCCUGAUUCUGCUGAAACAAUUAGACGUUGUAAUUCUUUUGGUGUUGAUGUUAAAAUGAUUACUGGUGAUCAAUUAAUUAUUGCAAAAGAAGUAGCUCAUAGACUUGGAAUGAAUCGUGUAAUUCUUGAUGCAAAUCAUUUAGUUGAUCCAGAAAAAAGUGAAGAAGAAAUUACUCAACAUUGUAAACGUGCUGAUGGAUUUGCUCAAGUUAUUCCAGAACAUAAAUAUCGUGUUGUCGAACUUUUACAAAAAAGUGGUCUUCUUGUUGGUAUGACUGGUGAUGGUGUAAAUGAUGCUCCUGCUUUAAAGAAAGCAAAUGUUGGUAUCGCCGUUCAUGGAUGUACUGAUGCUGCUAGAUCUGCUGCUGAUAUUGUAUUAUUAGCUCCUGGUUUAUCUACUAUUGUAGAUGGUAUCACGACUUCACGUGCUAUUUUCCAACGUAUGAGAUCAUAUUCCCUUUAUCGUAUCACUUCCACUGUACACUUUUUAAUGUUCUUCUUUUGUAUUAUCCUUGCUGAAAAUUGGGAAAUGAGUGCAAUUCUUUUAAUUUUAAUUGCUAUAUUAAAUGAUGCUGCUACUCUUGUUAUUUCUGUUGACAAUACAAAAAUUUCUGAACGUCCUGAUAAAUGGCGUCUUGGACAAUUAAUCGUCUUAUCAAUAGUUUUAGCUAUAUUUUUGACCGCUGCCUCCUUUGCUCACUUUUAUGUAGCACGUUAUGUUUUUAAUAUUGGAAUUACUGAUCAAAAAUUAGAAACUAUAAUGUAUCUUCACAUAUCAUCUUGUCCACAUUUCGUAAUCUUUUCUACUCGUCUUUCUGGAUUUUUCUGGGAAAACCUUCCAUCACCUACAUUCUUUAUUGCAGUUAUGGGAACUCAAAUUUUUGCAAUGUUUAUUUCUAUUUAUGGUGUUCUUACAGCACCAAUUGGUUGGGCUUGGGGUGUUGGUAUCAUUGCCGUUUCAUUAGUUUACUUUGUAGUAUUGGACUUUAUUAAAGUUAUGGUAUUUAAAUAUUGGUCAUUUGAAUUUACUGCAAAAGCUUGGCCAACAAAAGAACGAAAGACCAAAUUAAGAGAACGAGUAGAUCGACAAGCCUAUGAAGAAAAAGUUAAUCGAUCUAUUUCAAAAGUGAGAAAAGUUGUAUUGAUGUCAAAAGUUAUAUUAGCAUUUAGAUCUACUUUGUUGGAUUGGACUUUGUAA